CCUACCCCUUGGUCGGUCAGGUGACGCUGUGUGCAGUCUCGCUGUUAUACACGCUUCCGCUGAGAGCACGGAUAAACCUCUCUCACGUCUGCUGACUGACAGUUAAAGCGAAAACGGUCGCUGAGUCUCAGAAUCGUCGGGAAGAUCUUUAGGAGAAUGUGGGAUCGUCGGCUUUUCUUGUUACUGAUGGUCGCGAGCUCGGCUCUCGCGGUGGAGGUUCCAUCAGAAGAAGGACCAGGCUUACUGGCCGAGCCACAAGUAGCCAUGUUUUGCGAGAAGCUCAAUAUGCACAUGAACAUCCAGAGUGGCAAGUGGGAGCCGGACCCUUCAGGCACCAAGAGCUGCGUGAACACCAAGGAGGGCAUCCUUCAGUACUGCCAAGAGGUCUACCCAGAUCUGCAGAUCACAAACGUGGUGGAAGCCAAUCAGCCUGUCAGCAUCCAGAACUGGUGCAAGAAGGGUCGGAAGCAGUGCCGCAGUCACGUGCACGUCGUCGUGCCUUACCGCUGCCUCGUGGGUGAAUUUGUGAGUGACGCUUUGCUGGUUCCUGAUAAGUGCAAGUUCCUGCACCAGGAGCGGAUGGACAUGUGCGAGAGUCACCUGCACUGGCACACUGUGGCCAAAGAGUCUUGCAGCGAUCAUACCAUGAACCUGCACGAUUAUGGGAUGUUGUUACCAUGUGCCAUCGACCGUUUCCGUGGCGUGGAGUUUGUGUGCUGCCCAGUGGAAACGGAGCAGGAGAAGGAUGACGCAGAUGCAGAGGAGGACGAUUCAGAUGUCUGGUGGGGAGGAGCCGAGACAGACUAUUCUGAUAACAGCAUGACUCGGGAGGUGGAGCCAGCACAGCAGGUAGAGGUGGAGCCUGCAGUGGCUGAGGAUGAUGAAGUCAUUGAAGAUGAAGAGGAGAGUCUAGAUAAUGACCAGGAUGGUGAUGGAGAAGAGGAGGAGGAAGAGGAGGAGGUGGAGGAAGAUGACGAGAUGAUUGAUGAACGCAAUGACAACGAGCAGAGCACUAGCAUCGCCAUGACUACCACUACAACCACCACGACUGAGUCCGUCGAAGAAGUGGUCCGAGAAGUGUGUUGGGCGAACGCAGAGACUGGGCCAUGCAGGGCCAUGUUGCCCCGCUGGUAUUUUGUGAAGGAAGAGGGUCGCUGCGCUCCCUUCAUCUAUGGGGGCUGCGGAGGCAACCGUAAUAACUUUGAGUCGGAGGAAUACUGCCUAUCUGUCUGCAGUGGUGUGUUGCCCACCACUUCUCCAAGCUCUCCGGACGCAGUAGACCGCUACCUGGAGACGCCAGCAGAUGAGAACGAGCACGCACACUUUCAGAAGGCCAAGGAGAGCCUGGAAGCCAAACAUCGUGAGAGGAUGUCCCAGGUGAUGAGAGAGUGGGAGGAGGCUGAGCGUCAGUCUAAGAGUCUGCCACGUGCUGACAAGAAAGCAGUCAUCCAGCACUUCCAGGAGAAGGUGGAGGCUUUGGAGAAGGAGGCGGCCAGCGAGAGGCAGCAGCUAGUGGAAACUCAUAUGGCUCGCGUGGAGGCCCUUCUCAAUGACCGCCGACGCCUUGCACUCGAGAAUUUUCUGAGCGCCCUGCAGGCAGACCAGCCACGGCCACGUCAUGUGUUCAGUCUGUUGAAGAAGUAUGUGCGUGCUGAGCAGAAGGACAGGCAACACACCCUGAAACACUUUGAGCAUGUGCGCGUCGUGGACCCCAAGAAGGCCGCUCAGAUUCGACCUCAGGUGUUGACCCACUUGCGUGUGAUUGAGGAGAGGAUGAACCAGUCUCUGGCGCUUCUGUACAAAGUUCCAGGCGUUUUGGAGGAUAUCCAGGACCAAGUCGAACUGUUACAGCGUGAGCAGCAGGAGAUGUCAGCACAGUUAGCAUCACUGCAGAGCGACGUGAGAGUGAGCUACGGCAAUGACGCACUGAUGCCCGACAGCACCGCCCCGCUCGACCUACUGCCCUCUGAGGACUCUGAGCACCUGGGCUUCAUUCAUCCUGAAAGCUUCAACCAGCCCAACACACAGAACCAUGUUGAGCCUGUUGAUGUACGUCCCUUCUCUGACAGAGGGCUUCCUACUCGCCCAGUAUCUGGUCUGAAGCCUGAGGAUGUUCCUGAGCUGAGGAUGGAGGCAGAGGAGAGGCACAACGCUGCUUAUGAAGUGCACCACCAGAAACUGGUUUUCUUCGCUGAAGACGUCAGCUCUAACAAGGGUGCUAUUAUUGGCCUGAUGGUAGGAGGUGUCGUCAUAGCGACUGUCAUUGUCAUCACCCUGGUAAUGCUGCGAAAGAAGCAGUACACAUCCAUCCACCACGGUGUGAUUGAGGUGGAUGCCGCCAUCACUCCAGAAGAGCGCCAUCUUUCUAAGAUGCAGCAGAACGGCUACGAGAAUCCAACCUAUAAGUUCUUUGAGCAGAUGAACUAAUGAUCUAUGUGCUAGGCUGUAGUCCCCUAACCCCUAACCCCUUCCUUUUUACCCCACUCUGGACAGUGUAGGGAAGGACUCACUCCCCGUAGUACAUAUCUCGUGGUGCCAUAAGCACAGUCACUUGUGAUUGGUCACUUGUCAAAAAGAUGCAUAUAAACUGGUCAAACCUCUUAAUUUAUACAUGUAGUGAAGACGCCCUUAAGCACCGAUUCAGGGCCAGGUGUUGGGAUUUUUUCUUGAUUAGAAUGAAACUUGCCUGAUCUCAGAUCUGAGUUUACGGAUUUUGCGCGUGUGUCCCCCACACUGUCCAUUCCCACACUACUUUAACUGCUGAACACUGGGAUAUAACUGAUUAUUGUUAAAGACACUAUUCCUGUUUUUGUUUUUUUUUCCCUUCUUCUUCACUUCCUGUCCUUAUCCCAUUGUGUGCUUUGAUGACAGCUGUGCUGUGGUGGAUUAAAAAAAGGAUUAAAAUCAUGACGAUAAGAUUAUAGUGAUAACCCUAAUGUACUCUUGAAUGAACACUUAAUUUUAAGAUUUUUUUCAAGAAAAAAAGAAAAAUCAUGGAUAAAGAGAAGUUUUUCUUUCGUUGCGUCUAAUGUAUUGUCGUAAUGCAGAAAAAUAGCUGUACCUAUUUAGUGCAUGAUAAAAAAAUGAAGAAAAACUCUGUUGUCUGAAUGGGUCCUUUCUCACGUAGAGAUCGUCAUUUUAGCAGGGUUUCAACAUUUACUAUCUUCUCAUGAACAUGACUUCAGUUUCACUAAUGAGCAACAGAAGUAGUCCAAUUGGCUUUCUGCUUUGAUUUUAUACAGACAUGAUUUACAAGAACCGUGAUUUUCUUUAUCGUUUAUCUUUAUUUUUUACUUUGAGUUCCUCCAGCUACUGGGGGCUGGAAAAAUCAGUGUGUAUAUUUCUAGCUUAAUGUGUUUUCAUCCUAUGCAUUUCGGAGAUCUAUUCUCUCUCCCUCUCUCUCUCUCUCUCUCUGUUUCCACGCUAUUUAAUUUCAGUUUCCGUUUGGAUUCACAUGGUUGGAUGUGUUUUGUAAUGGGGUUUCAGGAUCUAGGGUAUUUAGGGUUUGGGAGGUAGGGAUUCACUGUAUGUGUUUGUAUGUUCUCUCCAGUGAAGUUUGUGUUUUUGUACAACCCCACGUGAAGUACAAAACCUUCUUUCCUUCAGCCUCUAGUUUCCUGUAACACAUUCGCAACCAAAGAGGCUUCUUUUUUUCUCUCAUGUCUCAUCUCUUACUUGGCUGCUGCAGUGCAGAAGUGGGUGUGAUUACACUGAAACAAGUGAAAGACAUGGAGGAUGAAAGGAAAUGAGAAAAAUGAGAAGAAAUUAUUUUAUGUCUCUUGGAUAGACAGUCCAAUCUCUUUCCUGUCCUUGUCUUGUGCUAUGCUUUAGUCGUUUUUUUAUGAUGCAGUUUAUUAAAGGUUGCUAGAUUGGAUCCAUGCAAGCCAGUUAUUUUCACUAGGGUAUGAAUCGCUGCACAGAAGGAUAUUGGGCAGAUCUGGCAACCAGAGUAAAAGAACACUGGUAGAAAUGGAAAGCAGUGCAUUUAUAUCCACACCAUUUAUUUCCCUGAUUUAAAAAGGCAAGUAGGUUAAUUCAUGUAAAAAGUGAUCUUGGAGCAGUGGCUACUUGCUAAGAUCAUAUCUGCAAUAUUUUCAGGUUAUGGAUUAAAGUGAGCAGAUUUGUUUUUUCAAGUGAUGGGUCUUUGGACUGGAAGUAAUCGUCUCAGUCUGAAACCCCUCACUCAGCUCUUCUGAUGAAUGUGACACAAACUACUCUACCCAUCUAGCAUGCAUUAAAACGUCUGCACUGCUGUGGUGAGUGUCUUUAAACAAACAGAAUGUGUUCAACUGAAACUCACUGUUCUCGUGAGUGUCAUGUUUUCUGGGGAUUUUUUUUCUGUAUCCGUUUGAGCUAUCCGGGUAAUCACAAAAAAAGAUGUAUAUAACUCUGAUAUCGUUGGUUAAAUAGAUAACGUGAUUGUGGUUGCAGUUUUCUGACUGAGGCUUAGGAAGGCAUUAGGGAUGCAGUGACACUGCAUUGUAGAUACAGAAAGCAGGAUUCAUUUUCUUUCUGUGUGACUGUUUCUUCCUCUGUGUAAGUGUAUGGAACAUUUGCUUUGACUGGAAACACUAUGCUUUAUACACUGUAUUCCAUAAAUAAAGUUUUGAAUGUACAUACAAGA